AUGUCUCUCCUGGGGACUUUAAACCCUAAUCUUAAUCCUGCGCGCACGAUAGGAGCCCAGGGCUCCCAAGUGGCCGACAACGAGGUGGACGCCGCCGCCCGAGAGACCACCCACCACUCCGUCGAAGAGUAUGAAGAAUCCUACGAGAUGCAAGACGCCGGCGAAGGCUCCAGCAAAGACGAGAUCAAGAAGAUGAAGGGCCGCGAUCGCAGCAGCAGUCUGAGCUCCGCGGAAACCGCCCUCGAGAAGAACGACGAGGACGAAAUUCACGAGGAGGAGAUCCAUCGUCUGGCGCAACGCUUGACACGCAACUCGACCCAUUUCUCUACGACCGGCUUGGAGAACCCGUUCAUCGAGUCCAAGGAGGAUUCGACCCUGAACCCCCAUGGCCCCAACUUCAAGGCCAAGCACUGGAUGAAGAACUUGCUCGCCCUCUCCGCUCGCGACCCCGCCCACCGUAAGCGCGAGGCCGGUGUCGCUUUCCGCAACCUCAGCGUUCACGGUUAUGGUAGUCCCACGGAUUAUCAGAAGGAUGUUUUCAACUCCGUACUUCAGGUCGGAGCCCUUGCUCGAGCUAUCGCCGGCUCGGGAAAGCAGAAGAUCCAGAUUCUUCGGGACUUCGAUGGUCUCGUCAAGAGUGGUGAGAUGCUAGUCGUUCUUGGUCGGCCUGGAAGUGGUUGUUCCACCUUCUUGAAGACCCUGGCCGGUGAAAUGAACGGUAUUCACAUGGACCCCAAGGCCGAGUUGAACUACCAAGGUAUCCCGGCCCAGCAAAUGCGGAAGCAGUUCAAGGGUGAAGCCAUCUACACCGCCGAGACCGAUGUGCAUUUCCCUCAGCUGUCUGUUGGCGAUACCCUGAAGUUUGCCGCCCUUGCUCGGUGCCCCCGCAACCGCAUUCAAGGCGUCACGAAGGAGCAGUAUGCCCUGCACAUGAGAGACGCCGUCAUGGCCAUGCUUGGUCUGUCGCAUACCAUCAACACCAAGGUCGGAAACGAUUUCGUCCGUGGUGUCUCUGGUGGUGAGCGUAAGCGUGUCUCUAUCGCGGAGGCCACCCUUAGUGGAAGUCCGUUGCAGUGCUGGGAUAACAGUACCCGUGGUCUGGAUAGUGCGAACGCUCUGGAGUUCUGCAAGACCUUGAAUUUGAUGACGAAAUAUGCCGGCGCUACGGUCGCCGUGGCCAUCUACCAGGCCUCCCAGAGCGCAUACGAUGUCUUCGACAAGGUCACGGUCUUGUACGAAGGCCGACAGAUCUACUUCGGCCGCACUGAUGAGGCCAGAGACUUCUUCGUGAACAUGGGCUUCGAAUGCCCCGACCGUCAGACUACCGCCGAUUUCUUGACCUCUCUCACCAGCCCGUCCGAGCGCGUUGUCCGGAAAGGAUACGAUGGCAAGGUCCCACGCACGCCCGAUGAGUUCGCGGCGGCCUGGAAGAGCAGUGCCGCGUACCAGAAGUUGAUGCAAGAGAUCGAUGAAUACAACCAACAAUACCCCGUUGGUGGCGAGUCGCUGGGCCAGUUCAUUGAGUCUCGCAAGGCCAUGCAGGCGAAGAACCAGCGCGUCGGUUCUCCUUACACCGUCUCUCUAUGGGAACAGGUCAGCCUUUGCAUGACUCGAGGUUUCCAACGUCUCAAGGGUGACGCCAGUCUGACCUUGUCCCAACUCAUCGGUAACUUCAUCAUGGCCCUGGUCAUUGGAAGUGUGUUUUACCAGAUGAACGAGGACACUUCCAGCUUCUAUUCUCGUGGAGCUCUGCUCUUCUUUGCCGUUUUACUUAAUGCUUUUUCCAGUGCGCUAGAGAUCUUGACUCUGUACGCCCAACGUCCCAUUGUCGAGAAACAGUCCCGUUACGCUAUGUACCACCCCUUCGCCGAAGCCAUUGCCUCGAUGUUAUGUGAUAUGCCCUACAAAAUCUGCAACGCUAUCAUUUUCAACAUCACGCUUUAUUUCAUGACUGGUCUUCGCCAGGAGCCGGGCGCUUUCUUCACGUUCCUGCUCUUCUCGUUCAUCACUACCUUGACCAUGUCUAUGCUGUUCCGUACGAUCGCUUCUUCCUCUCGCAGUUUGUCCCAGGCUUUGGUGCCCGCUGCUAUUCUCAUUCUCGGUCUGGUCAUCUACACCGGGUUCACCAUUCCCACGAGAAACAUGCUUGGCUGGUCUCGAUGGAUGAACUACAUUAACCCAAUCGCCUACGGCUUUGAAAGUUUGAUGGUCAACGAAUUCCACGGCCGGACGUUCCCUUGUUCUCUCCAGGAGUUUGUCCCAUCCGGCGAUGGAUACUCCGACCGGGCAUACCAAGUUUGCUCUCAGGUCGGGGCGGUUGCUGGUGCCACUGACAUCGAUGGGACCACGUAUCUUGCUCAAAGCUUCCAGUACUAUCAAAGUCACAAGUGGAGGAACCUGGGUAUUAUGAUCGCUUUCAUGGUGUUUUUCAUGUUCACUCACCUGUCCACCACCGAGUACAUCUCUGAGGCCAAGUCUAAGGGUGAAGUUCUGCUCUUCCGUCGCGGUCAAGCUCCUCACAACCCCGAAGAUCUCGAGACCAGCACGGGCGUCGGCGCCUCGCAGAAGACGGACGAAUCUGGCGAGCAUCAAUCCGCUGGUAUCCAGCGACAGGAGGCUAUUUUCCACUGGCAAGACGUGUGCUACGAUAUCAAGAUCAAGAACGAGCCUCGACGCAUCCUUGACCACGUUGAUGGUUGGGUGAAGCCGGGAACCUGUACUGCUCUUAUGGGUGUUUCCGGUGCCGGUAAAACCACGCUUCUGGAUGUCCUCGCCACUCGUGUCACUAUGGGUGUCGUGUCUGGUGACAUGUUGGUGGAUGGUCGCCCUCGGGACCAGUCUUUCCAGCGGAAAACAGGUUAUGUGCAACAACAGGAUCUUCAUCUUCACACCACCACCGUGCGAGAGGCACUGCGCUUCAGUGCCCUCCUCCGUCAGCCCGCCCACGUCAGCCGUCAGGAAAAGCUCGAUUAUGUCGAAGAGGUCAUCAAGUUGCUUGGUAUGGAAACGUACGCCGACGCGGUCGUUGGUGUCCCUGGUGAAGGUCUGAACGUUGAACAACGCAAACGUCUUACGAUCGGUGUGGAAUUGGCCGCCAAACCCCAGCUCCUUCUGUUCCUGGACGAGCCGACUUCCGGUCUCGACAGUCAAACUUCUUGGUCCAUUCUUGAUCUCAUCGACACCUUGACUCAACAUGGACAGGCCAUUCUCUGUACUAUUCACCAGCCCUCUGCCAUGCUCUUCCAACGAUUCGAUCGCCUUCUGUUCCUCGCCCGUGGUGGAAGAACUGUGUAUUUCGGUGAUAUCGGUGACAAGUCGUCUACGCUUGCCAGCUAUUUCGAGAGGAAUGGCGCCCCGAAGCUGCCCGCCGAUGCCAACCCCGCCGAAUGGAUGCUUGAAGUUAUUGGUGCCGCCCCUGGAUCUCACAGCGACAUUGACUGGCCCGCCGUCUGGCGUGAAAGCCCCGAGCGCAAGGCCGUCCACAACCACCUUGCCGAGCUGAAGUCUUCUCUCUCCCAGAAAUCGGUUGAGCCCGCCAAGGCGGACCCUAGUGGCUUUAACGAGUUCGCUGCUCCUUUCACAGUGCAGCUGUACGAGUGCCUGGUUCGUGUGUUCUCCCAGUACUGGCGGACUCCCGUGUACAUUUACUCGAAAGCCACGCUCUGUGCUCUUACCGCCCUGUAUAUCGGAUUCUCCUUCUUCCACGCCCAGAACACCAAGCAGGGUCUUCAAAACCAGAUGUUCAGUAUCUUCAUGCUUCUCACGAUCUUCGGAAACUUGGUUCAACAGAUUAUGCCGAACUUCACGACGCAGCGUGCGCUGUAUGAAGCCCGUGAGCGGCCCUCCAAGACCUAUUCGUGGAAGGCAUUCAUGACGGCCAAUAUCAUUGUGGAGCUGCCGUGGAACGCAUUAAUGAGUGUCGUUAUCUUCGUCUGUUGGUACUACCCCAUCGGUCUCUACCGCAACGCGGAGCCGACCGACUCCGUCCACGAACGUGGCGCGCUAAUGUGGCUGCUCAUUCUUUCCUUCCUGCUCUUCACUUCGACUUUCGCACACAUGAUCAUCGCGGGUAUCGAACUCGCUGAGACGGGUGGUAACCUGGCCAACUUGCUCUUCUCGCUCUGCCUGAUCUUCUGUGGUGUUUUGGCCACCCCCGAAGCUCUCCCUGGCUUCUGGAUCUUCAUGUACCGCGUCUCGCCCUUCACCUAUCUCGUGUCAGCUAUGCUCUCGACCGGUGUGUCCGGCACGAACGCAAUUUGCGAGAAUGUGGAAUUCCUCAACUUCACGCCUCCGCCCAACACCACCUGCCAGGACUACAUGGGCCCGUACAUCAGUGCCGCCGGUGGAUACCUCGACAACCCCGACUCCACCAGCUCCUGCUCGUUCUGUGCCAUCAGUCGCACCGACACGUUCCUGCAGGCCGUGCACAGUGACUACUCCGAUGCGUGGCGCAACUUCGGCCUCAUGUGGGUCUACAUCGUGUUCAACAUCUUUGCUGCCGUGUUCAUUUACUGGCUUGCUCGGGUUCCCAAGGUCAAGAAGACCAAGAAGGAAUAA